AUGGCCAAUGUUAGGUGCGAGACCAAGAAAGAAGCCAAAAUGAGGAUACGCGCCUUCCCAAUGACAAUGGAUGAGAGAUAUGUGGAGAGCAUCUGGGCCCUGUUAAAGAAUGCCAUCCAGGAGAUCCAGAGGAAGAACAACAGUGGGCUGAGCUUCGAAGAACUGUACAGGAAUGCCUACACCAUGGUGCUGCACAAGCACGGGGAGAAGCUCUACACGGGCCUGCGGGAGGUGGUCACAGAGCAUCUCAUCAACAAAGUACGACAAGACGUCCUGAAAUGUCUAAAUAACAAAUUUCUGCAAAUCUUAAAUCGAGAGUGGAACGACCAUCAAACUGCCACCAUCAUGAUCAGAGACAUCCUCAUGUACAUGGACCGAGUUUAUGUUCAGCAAAACACCGUGGAGAACGUGUACAACCUCAGCGUCGUCGUAUUCAGAGACCAGGUGGUCCACUACAGUUGCAUUCGAGAACAUCUAUGGCAGACACUACUGGACAUGAUUAAACGAGAAAGAAGGGGAGAAGUUGUAGACAGGGGAUCCAUCAGAAACACCUGCCAGAUGCUGAUGGUCCUCGGCCUGGACAGCAGGAUUGUAUACGAAGAAGACUUUGAGCGUCCUUUCUUGGAAAUGUCAGCCGAAUUCUACCAGAUGGAAAGCCAAAGGUUUCUGGCGGAAAACAGCACCAGCAUCUACAUUAAGAGGGUGGAGGCCAGAAUCAACGAGGAAAUCGAGCGCGUCAAACAUUGUUUGGACAAAUCGACCGAGGAGUCCAUUGUCAAGGUGGUGGAAAGGGAACUGAUAACAAAACACAUGAAAACCAUCUUGGAGAUGGAGAACUCGGGCAUGGUCCACAUGUUGCAGAAUCGCAUCACAGAAGACCUUUUAUGCAUGUACAAGCUGUUCAGCCGUGUCCCCAAUGGUUUAAAAACAAUGUGCGAUUGUAUGAGCUUGUACUUGAGAGAACAAGGCCGGGCUCUGGUGUCAGAAGAAGGAGAGAGCAUGAAUCCAGUCGACUCCAUCCAGGGCCUGCUGAACCUGAAGAUGAUGUUUGACCGUUUCCUCCACGAAUCGUUCAACAAUGACAAAAUAUUCAAGCAAACCAUAGCGGGAGACUUUGAGUAUUUCCUCAAUCUCAACUCUCGCUCACCCGAGUACCUCUCGCUCUUCAUCGACGAUAAACUCAAGAAAGGAGUUCGAGGGUUGACAGAACAGGAGGUGGAGUUGAUUCUAGACAAGGCCAUGGUGUUGUUCAGGUUCCUCCAGGAGAAGGAUGUGUUUGAAAGGUACUACAAGCAGCACCUGGGCCGGAGACUGCUGAGCAACAAGAGCGUGUCGGACGAUCUAGAGAGGAGCAUGAUCGCCAAGCUCAAAACGGAAUGCGGAUGUCAGUUCACCUCGAAAUUGGAGGGGAUGUUUCGAGAUAUGACCAUCUCCAACGCGACUAUGGAUGAGUUCAGACGACACAUACACGUCACGUCGGCUUCUCUGUGUGGUGUGGACCUAACUGUCCGAGUACUCACCACGGGUUAUUGGCCAACGCAGUCGACGACGCCCAGAUGCACCAUCCCCCUUUCCCCUCAGCAUGCUUUUGAGGUGUUUAGGAGGUUUUACCUGGCCAAACACAGUGGUAGACAGCUCACGCUCCAGCAUCACAUGGGCGGGGCAGACCUAAUUGCAACCUUCUACGGUGCUUUGAAAAAAGAUGACGGUUCCGAAGCCAGCUCGGGAGGUGCCCACGUGACCGGUUCAAACGCCCGUAAAACAAUUCUGCAAGUGUCCACCUUCCAGAUGACUAUCCUCAUGCUCUUCAACCACAGCGAAUGUUACACUUUUGAGGAGAUUCAUCACGCGACAGAUAUUCCCAGAUGGGAGUUGGUACGAGCGUUGCAGUCUUUGGCCUGUGGGAAGCCCACGCAGAGAGUUCUUACCAAAGAGCCAAAGUCCAAGGAGAUUGAAAGUGGACAUUUGUUUACAGUCAAUGACCAUUUUACUGCUAAAGUGCACAGAGUUAAAAUACAAACAGUCGCUGCUAAACAAGGCGAGUCCGACCCAGAGAGAAAAGAGACGCAGCAGAAAGUGGAUGACGACAGGAAGGUCAUGAUCGAGGCAGCCAUUGUGCGCAUCAUGAAGUCCAGGAAGAAGAUCCAGCACAAUGUCCUGGUGGCCGAGGUGACUCAGCAGCUGCAGACACGCUUCCUCCCCAGUCCCGUGGUCAUCAAAAAGCGCAUCGAGGGACUUAUAGAGAGGGAAUACUUAGCGAGGACUCCGGAGGACCGGAAUAUGUACACCUACAUCGCGUAGAGGGGACUUUGCAGAGGAGGUGGAUGGACGUUGAGAUCUGCACGGAAAAUCCACAUCCUCUGGGACCUUCCUGGAAUCAAAGGAGCAACGCCCGC